CGCUUUUAAUUAGUGCCAUUUUGGCCCCACGACAGCUCAUCUCCAGCCGUUCGAAUCCCCCUCCCCUGUUUCAAACCCUCCAACUACGCAGAGAAGAAGGGCCAGCACACAGAGAAAAGAACUCGCCUUUUGGCGCCAAAGUUUCAAACUUUACCCGAAUUGGUCACAGUAGAGGGAAAAUCAAACCGACCCUCAAUUACGAAUUUCGAAUCCAGUCUUCCUGAGUACGCAGGCGCACCUCGGGGGUUAUAUAAAUCCGACCCAUCGGCUGCUUCCGUCUGUGCGGGAGACCUGUUUGUAGGAAUUCCUCUGAGAGCGUGUCGGCCGGAGCGAAGAUGUAUGUGGUGAAGAGAGACGGGCGUCAGGAGUCGGUGCACUUCGACAAGAUCACCGCGAGGUUGAAGAAGCUGAGUUACGGGCUGAGCACGGAGCACUGCGACCCGGUCUCGGUGGCGCAGAAGGUCUGCGCCGGGGUCUACAAGGGCGUUACCACCAGUCAGCUCGAUGAAUUGGCCGCGGAGACCGCCGCUGCCUUGACUGCCAAUCACCCUGACUAUGCUUGCUUGGCUGCUAGGAUUGCUGUUUCAAAUCUUCACAAGAACACCAAAAAGUCAUUUUCAGAGACAAUCAAGGAUAUGUACUACCAUUUCAAUGAGAGGUCGGGGCAAAAGGCUCCUCUGAUUGCUGAUGAUGUUUAUGAGAUAAUUAUGAAGAAUGCUGCUCGUUUGGACAGUGAAAUCAUCUAUGACCGAGACUUUGACUAUGACUACUUUGGUUUCAAAACACUUGAGAGGUCUUACCUUCUGAAGGUGCAAGGGAAGGUUGUGGAAAGACCUCAGCACAUGCUGAUGAGGGUUGCUGUUGGAAUUCACAAGGAUGAUAUUGAUUCUGUGAUCAAAACGUAUCAUAUGAUGUCUCAGCGAUGGUUCACACAUGCUUCCCCCACCCUGUUCAAUGCAGGAACACCUCGACCCCAAUUAAGCAGUUGCUUCCUUGUGUGCAUGAAAGAAGAUAGUAUUGAGGGCAUAUAUGAUACCUUGAAAGAGUGUGCUGUUAUCAGCAAAUCGGCUGGAGGGAUUGGUGUAUCUGUUCAUAAUAUUCGUGCCACUGGUAGUUACAUACGUGGGACGAACGGAACUUCCAAUGGCAUUGUUCCAAUGCUACGAGUAUUUAAUGAUACAGCUCGUUACGUAGAUCAAGGGGGUGGCAAGAGAAAAGGUGCUUUUGCCGUCUACUUGGAGCCUUGGCACGCUGAUGUCUUUGAGUUUCUUGAUCUCAGGAAAAACCAUGGGAAGGAAGAGCAUCGGGCUCGGGAUCUGUUUUAUGCCCUUUGGGUGCCUGAUCUAUUCAUGGAAAGGGUUCAAAGUAAUGGCAAUUGGUCACUUUUCUGUCCAAAUGAAGCUCCAGGUUUGGCAGAUUGUUGGGGGGAAGAAUUUGAAAAGUUGUAUUUGCACUAUGAAAGAGAGGGUAAAGCAAAGAAGGUUGUCCAGGCCCAGAAUUUAUGGUUUGAAAUACUGAAGGCCCAAAUCGAAACUGGAAACCCCUACAUGCUUUUUAAGGAUACUUGCAAUAGAAAGAGCAACCAGCAGAACCUGGGUACCAUCAAAUCUUCCAACCUCUGCACUGAGAUUAUUGAGUACACAAGUCCAACAGAAACGGCUGUGUGUAAUCUUGCAUCUAUUGCUUUGCCAAGAUUUGUCCGAGAGAAGGGAAUGGAAUCAAGUCCAUCUAAGCUUGUCGGGAGUAGGGGAUUCAAGAAUAGAUAUUUUGACUUUGACAAACUGGCAGAGGUUACUGCAAUUGUUACUACGAACCUGAACAAGAUUAUCAAUGUCAAUUACUACCCUGUUGAAACUGCUAGAAGGUCAAACUUACGACAUAGGCCAAUUGGCAUUGGCGUGCAAGGACUUGCUGAUACAUUUAUUUUGCUCGGCAUGGCAUUUGAUGCACCAGAGGCUCAGCAGUUAAACAAAGACAUCUUUGAAACCAUAUACUACCAUGCUUUGAAGACUUCCACUGAGCUGGCUGCAAUAGAAGGGCCCUAUGAGACAUAUGAAGGAAGUCCUGUCAGCAAGGGUGUUCUUCAGCCAGAUAUGUGGAAUGUGACUCCAUCGGAUCGUUGGGACUGGGUUGCUCUUAGGAAAAUGAUAUCAAAGAAUGGAGUGAGGAACUCGCUUCUUAUAGCUCCCAUGCCGACUGCUUCAACCAGUCAAAUUCUUGGGAAUAAUGAGUGCUUUGAGCCAUAUACUUCCAACAUAUACAGCCGAAGAGUUCUAAGCGGUGAAUUUGUUGUUGUGAACAAACAUCUUCUUCAUGACUUGACGGAGAUGGGGCUUUGGUCUCCGGUCGUCAAGAACAAGAUAAUAUAUGAGAACGGCUCUGUUCAGAAGAUUCCAGAGGUUCCUGAAGACCUAAAGCUUAUAUACAAGACCGUGUGGGAGAUCAAGCAGAAGACGUUGGUUGACAUGGCUGCAGACCGUGGAAGCUUCAUUGACCAGAGUCAAAGCUUAAAUAUUCAUAUGGAUCAACCUAAUUUUGGAAAGCUAACUUCCCUACACUUCUAUGCGUGGACCAGGGGACUAAAAACAGGGAUGUACUAUUUGCGAACCCGUGCCGCAGCUGAUGCAAUCAAGUUCACGGUGGACACUUCAGUUAUGAAAGAAACCACUACAGCUGAAGACGACGGCACAAAAAUGGCUCAGGUGGUGUGUUCCUUGACAAAUAGGGAAGAAUGCAUGGCAUGUGGAAGUUGAAGUGAGUUCCCUAAACAGAUGCAUAAGAUGCGGUGCUUUUGGCUCGGCCCUGUUAUAGCCAUGGUGAAUGGAGCACACGGCUUGUAUGCUCGGUUUAGCCGAAAAAGCUUUGGUACCAUAGGUUUUAAUCUGAGUGACAAGUUAUCUGUAUAGCUUCAAAUACUGAUGUGGGUUGUUGAACUUUGAACGUGUAUAUCUUAAUGUUUGCAUGAAGUAUGAAGUGGUUUGUUUUGCAA